AUGUAUGUUUCUAAUGGGAAAGACACUUGCCAGUUGUUGGGGCCCGUGUCUCUUUUUGUCCAGACAUUGAUGGGUAUGACAGCCGUGAUUGUGUUAUUGGUGAAAAGAAACUAUGAGCAUCCAAGGAGAAAAAUGAUUGUGUGGAGUUAUGACAUUGGAAAACAAAUCAUCGGCUCUCUUGGAAUCCAUUUUUUGAAUCUAGGCAUCAGCAUACUGAAGAAAAGACGAAGGUCACUCUUCGCAAUCACUGCAAAAGGCAAUGAUGAUGAGGAUCAAUGCGAUUGGUAUUUUCUUAACUUACUCCUGGAUACUACUGUUGGGAUUCCCAUUCUUUGGUUGUGCUUAUACAUAAUUGAAAAAGUGCUAAAAUCCUUACACUUCCAAAACAUUGAAAGUGGUAAUUAUUUUCCAUCUAAAACCGUUGGGAGCCACCCCAGAAAACCCUUAUUCUCUGCCUUCGUGAAACAGCUGCUUAUAUUCAUUGUUGGGCUGGGCGUGAUGAAGUUCUGCGUGUUUCUAAUACUAAACUACUUAGAAGACUUGGCAUACUGGUUCGCCGAUCUUAUCCUUGGCUGGUCAGAUUCAUGGCCAAACUUUCAAGUUUUUCUGGUCAUGUUUGUCUUUCCUAUCUUACUGAAUUGCUUCCAGUACUUUUGUGUCGACAAUGUCAUCAGGUUACAUUCUGAGAGCCUAACGAUAACCAAUGCAGAGAAUUUUGAAACGAACACAUUCCUAAAUGACGAAAUUCCUGAUUUAUCGGAAGUCUCAAAUGAAGUGCCUAACAAGGAUAACAACAUUUCCAGCUAUGGUAGCAUAAUAUAG